UGGUUACACAAAUUGUGUUUCGGUCACGCAACUUUACCCAAGACUACUGCGGAGGAUUCGACUUUAUCACUAAAGUGUGAGGUUACGAUUUCCUCACCAAGCCAUAAUAGAAUGGCGGCUGAACCACAAUCAGCGAUUCCUAUCGUAGAUUUUAGUGUGUUUGGAGUUCAUAAAGAUAAUAUUGACGACACGAGCGAAGAAGCUCACAAUUUAGGCGCCGAAAUCUUACGAGCUUUCAGUUCUGUUGGCUUUGUGUACCUCAGAAAUCACGGAAUUCCCGAAUCUAAGGUCGAAGAUGUUCAGAAGGUCAGUGAAACCUUUUUUGAGCUUCCAAAAGAGAAGAAACAAAACUAUUCCAGGCUUAGUGAUGGCUCAAACCAUGGAUGGAUUGCACUAGAGCGCGAAAGACUCAACCCUGCUAGGGCAGCAGCUGACUUGAAGGAAGCAUUUAAUGUCCCAGUGUUAAACAAUACAAAAGUGAAAUGGCCAAAUGAUGAAGCACCAGGUUUUGAGUCAAAAGUUGGGGAGCUGUAUAAUCAAUGCAUCAAACUCACUUUUAGAGUCUUACACGCUGUAAGCCUUGGAAUGGAUUUAAAGGAUAAGAAUUGGCUGCUUGACUGUCACAAGGGCAUUGGCAAACAUGGAAAUGCCACAACAAUGCGGAUUCUGUACUACCCUCCCAUUACCAAUAACAACCUUGUGAAGCCUGGUCAGGUCCGUUGUGGAGAGCAUAGUGACUAUGGAACCAUAACACUGCUCUUCCAGGAUGAAUUUGGUGGACUGGAGGUUUUACCACUAAACAGUGAUUACAUCCCAGCACCGUACAUCCCUGGGUGUGUCCUGGUCAAUAUUGGAGACCUGAUGAUGCGAUGGACGGCGGAUAAACUCAUUUCCACGACGCUGGAAGAUGCGAAUAUAAGCCAAGACGAUAAAGACAUAGGGUGCGAUGACACACACAGACAUCGAAAACGCCAGGUAGCAUUUGUGAUAGAUGGAAGCUACGUUCGCAUCCCAGGCCAGCGGUAAUAGUGAGUAAAGUAUCGCAAACACCCACGUGAUCACCAAAACCGGUUUAUAACUGUUUCUGAGUCGCUCCGUGUAGCACAGCGGGCUCAAAAUAGCUAGGUACCUGUCCCACGUGACCGCGCACAGAUUUGCGACACCCGAGACCAGGACGAUUGAUAUGAUAUACCCGGACACAGGGUACCCGGGGAUACCGGAGAAGUUCAGCGGCAAAAGCACCCCGCCAAUCAAAAUGUCGGAAACUGCAAGUGAUGCCACGAAAUAAUUCGUAAAUGUUCGCAGCCUCUUGAGGAACAGCACCAUGCAACAUACACUGACGUUCAAUGAGACAACGAGUACUGAUAGCGUGAUGAGAAGAAUAUCCAUGAUGCACCGCGAAGUCUGCAUGAAAGUCCCGUAUGUGAAACUUGAGUACUGUUUUCCUUUUUCUCUUCAACCGUUCGGACCUACUCUUAUUGUCAAAACUUCAAUACCUUUAUCUUAAAAUUCUUUGCCACGUAUUUGGAACGUCCUUCGACUAAUCCUGCUUAUUGUUGCAGCUAUUGUUUGUUAUUUCACUCUUUUCUAUCCUUCGGACUUGCUGUGUAAUGGUUUCCCGGUUGUUUGUUAUUCACUUUUCUGAAUAAUACAUUUUGAUUUUCCUGGUACUUUGAAUUCCUGCCCUCCGACAAGAACGGUCUAGGGUUUGUCUGUUGAUAUCUCCUAAGAUUCCAAUUUUAAGGCGAAUGCUUUACUAAGCGUGAUGCGUGAACAGGUAUUGCUCGUUUUCGUAUCCGUGUAGUGACAUUUGCAUUGCCGUGCUUACAAUUUUAGCGUUUUAAUGUUUCUUAUAAAGCACCUCUUGUGUUUAAAGUCUUCGCCUCGGGCACGACUCAUACACGUGCGGAAUGGUUUGUUUCGCAGUUACCACGAACAGGAGUCUGUAUGAUAAGAAUGUGGAAUUAAAAAAAGGAACGGAGUCGGCUGCGUGUAAAGCGUUUUCCUAACGUUCCCGUGGUUUCUCUUUCGUAAGCGAAUACGCAAAAUCCACGCAAAAUGUGUUUAAAUGGACGAGAAGCUUCCCUCAGAUUCUAAGGCUUGGUUUGGCUUUCUACGAACUGUCUUGAUUAAAAUUCUUGUGUUGGCACGAGCUCUUGUGGUAAAUAUCAGCACACGCAGAUUGCUUUUGGCUUAAGAGACGUUCCUUCUGGUCUCGUUUUGCUUCUCUUAGUUGUAGCGUUCUAAUGUCAUUUGCUCUCCUGCACGUGAGCGGCCGGCAUGCAUUGCGUUUUAGGUUAUCGCUAGUAUCCCUCCUUUUUUUACAAUGCUUUUAAAUAUAGGGCUUUAGCAGACGAAUUUCCUUUAUGCACAAUAUAUUCAAGGUUUAUCUUAAAUCGCUUGUAAACACCAAACAGCGCGAUGAUGCACUACAGAUUCUUGUCUCUACCGUUAAGCACUUGCUAUUUAUUUAAUUUUUGUAUUUUGUCCUUUUCCUUAUUUCUCUUUGAUGAAUUUAUUUGAUUCCGCAAAUGAAAUCGCAACUUGUGACUACUUUGCUUUUUAGUCUAUGGUAUUUGCUGCGGACGUAUAGCGAAUUAGCUAUUUAGUCUAUGAUAUUUGCUGCGGAUUUAUAGCAAAUGAGCUCUUCGUACGUGCAACCAACUGUAAUGUUGAUACCGGCUUGGUGACUAGGAUACCUUUCAGGAGUGAACCUUAAUAACAACAAGACUAAUGUCUUAGCCUCUCCCUGGCGUUUAAGGUGCAAUAUUGAACCGAUAUUUCUUACGCCUUUUUCUUAGCCUUUUCUGAUCCGAGCAACCUCCAACAUGUUUCUUCUUUUCUUCUCUCUCUUUCCCUCUUUUUUCCUUUAGUGUCUCGGGUUAUUUAACCUCUAUUUCCCUCCUUGCUUGUUUCUUUGUUUUACUUUUCUUUCAAAUGACCCACUUUUCUUUAUUUUCUUUAUUUCCACCGCAUAUUUCCUCUGUCUAUCUCGUCACUUUAUCUCCAGUUCGAGCUUCUUCGCAUAAUGUCGACCUCGAAGUGAUCCAAAGAUGUCCUCUACUAAACACACAUACACACGGGAUUACAGGAUUACAGUGUGCGAGACGGAUGUCUUCCAGUCCUGACCGCACCUUUAAUUUACCAAAAUUGCUUUACCUGAAUGUUACGGAAAUAGAGUGCUUUUAGAUCUAUCUCAUAGACGCCGCAAAUGCUAUGCUAAAUUUAGCUGCACAUUUGCUCAAUUGAACUUAAAUUUACCACCUUUUCGUCCUCCAGUUGAACCGCAAGGCCUAACGCUAAGGCGUUUAUCUGACCUGUUUACUAUACGGUAUUCGUCUCUGAGGAGUUUGUACGUGUAUUGGCUCACGUUGGUGUGCGUAGACUUUGAGUAAUGUUAAUUCUCCAGUCGGAUUUUCAAGAUAUAAUCUAUUUCUUCGUUUGUGUACAGUUUUGUUUAGAACGAUACAAUCAAUCGCUUGUUAGAUCGCCACUAUCGCCAUUUCUCAGUGGGUGUUCUCUUUUCUUGAUGUUUCUCAUCUGUUUUUUCAUCUUCUUUUUUCUGGUCUUUAUUUUCUUAACCUUGGUAAUUGAUGAUCAAAACGAACUUGAUACGAUUUCUGCAAAAAAAAUAUUAAAAUAAAAAAAUAAAAUAAAAUACACGUUUUUAGCAUAUAAGCUCUGCAUGGGAUAAGGGACCUAAGUCUGACCACUGAAGGGAGACAAAAAUCUGUCUGACUUUGUGGAGGUUUGGAUUAACGAUAAAAAGAGUAUUAUAAAAGCUGCCAAAACUCUCCUAGAAACCAUGAACUUUGUAUUGUUAUCUAUGUAUGUACGCUGAAAAUCAUUCAAGAAUCAUAAACAACC